CUAUGGAAGCUACAUGUAGUGCAUUGGUGAAGCGUCAUGCUACUUCUGUGUUGUGCACUUUCACAGCACCAAUCCUGAUCACAAUACUUUUGUUUAUAUAUUCUAACAAAGGAAACUUCUUUGAAAACGACCAUUACGACGGGUUCGUUCAGGCCGAAGACGACGAACUUAUUCAAAAAAUGUUGCAGCAUCAUAUGGCUAAAAGAUCCCGAUCGGAGAGAGCAACAAAGACAAAAGGGAAAACAAAUGAUAUUGACUUCUCUAUUUAUCAAGAAAUGGGAUGGGAACUUUCUCCUCAAGACGCUCUUCAAGUUUUUGAUGCAUAUUAUGACUGCUUACUGAAAAGGGAAUCAUCUGAUACAGGUAAACUGGAUAUUACUGCUGUUUUGUCCUUAGAGGGUCAGAAUAUUGAACUGAAAUGUCCAAUGUGUUUACGUCCGGAUCAAGAUGCUGGUGUGUUUGAUGUUCAGUGGCAACAGAUACGUGCAAGAGAUAGUGCAAUGCGUUAUGUUGAGGAAAGUUCGAAGUUUAAAUUCACAGAUAAAAUGUCGCUGGUUAUUUCUGGUGUAGAUAUCAUUGACGCUGGACAGUUCUUUUGUGUGAGAAUGCGGGACAGAGAAAUAGAGCAAAUUUAUCAGCUGGAUGUCUUAUUCAGAGAAAGAAGAAAAGUUAUAAAUGGCUCUGAAAGGCAUAAUAUCCUACCCGUGGAAACGAUGGCAGAGAAUAACUUGAAGUUGUCUACCUUAUGGUCUGAUUGGAGCGCCUGCAAUAGGUGUGGUAAGAUGGGUCAUCGCCGAAUGGUAGGCCUAUGUAUGGUAGAAAAGGUAAAUGCCUCCGAUCCUGUGGAACCAGUAGAUCUUCCAAUCAUCGAGCUGUACCCCCGGGGGUUACCAUGCCGGUCGACGGUCCUUCCGUCCCAAAUCGCCAGGUUGAGGUCAAUACGACUUAGGCAAAGUGAAACCAUCGUUGAGAACUGUUACAGGUCAUGUCCUACCGCAGCGCCCCCUAUAACAGUCACUGACAAAAACGGAAAUGUGUUGCAGGUAAUCCAGCCUGGAUACUACUCAAUGAAGGACAAGCCGCCCCUUCCACGUUUGGUGAAGAGGAGCGUUAUUUACGAAGAGACAGGUAAAAAUAUUAUCCUGAAGUGUCCAACAAAACCGAACGAAGAUUCCUUGGUCAGAUGGCAGAAUGGGACGGUAGUUAUCAACCCUCUUUCUAUCAGACGGCAGACGAGGGGACGUGUUCGUAUGGACAGUGCCAACAGACUCCACAUCCGGGCGUUGCGUCUGUACGACAGCGCCCCCUAUAACUGCUGGCUGAAGCAACGACACGUGGCUACGUUAAAGGUCGUGGUGGUACAAGCAAUGAACCAUAAUCUGAAGGACUACAUUACGUACGCCGGACUGUGUCUUACCAUCCUCUCGGUGACACUUGUCUGCCUCUGUGUGUUCUCUGGUAGGAACAAGAAAACCAUAAAAUAACUUAUUCAAAGCUAGCUAUACACAACAUAAUAUUUCUCAAGUAUGAUCCUAAGUGUUAGGAGAUAAGGCAACCAUAUCAUACUGGCGAAAUAAGGAGUAAAGCUCAGUAAAACAGCUCCCGACAUAGAUCUGUUUGCCAUGUUUUUUUGUGUCGCCAACCCAUGCAUCCUUGUAGUCGUCGUUAGUAAAAUUAAUCCUCCAUUCAAGCUGUGUAAUACGGCGCCCGACCCUCUAAAUACGUUGUCAACACAUCACACUGUUUCUGUGUGAAAUAUGUCUUCGUCUUCUAAUAAUGAAACCCUGACCCAUACAUCACUACUGCAAGUCCGAUCCAAUCACUACCGUCAACAUGAACCCAUACAUCACUACCGUCAGUCUAACCCCAUAC